AUGUCGUCUUCAGUGCAAAAAGAUUUAAAAGAGGACAGCUCCUUAAUAGAGUCCUCUUCGAAACAUCCAGAGCUUCCAACAAGCUUUGAGCAACUGGGACUGAAUUCAUGGUUAAUAGAUGCAUUAAACGCAAUGUCCAUAAAAUUCCCAACUGAAAUUCAAAGUGCAUGCAUACCAAAAAUUUUAUUAGGAAAAGAUUGUAUAGGAGAAGCAAAGACUGGAAGCGGUAAAACUGCAGCUUUCGCAUUGCCAAUUUUACAAAAAUUGUCUGAAGAUCCUUUUGGUAUUUUCGCUCUUGUUUUAACACCUACAAGAGAAUUGGCUAUUCAAAUUGCAGAUCAAUUUAGAGUACUUGGAAAGGGCGUAAAUAUAAAAGAAUGUGUUAUAAUUGGAGGUCUAGAUAUGAUGACUCAAGCGAUACAACUUUCAAGAAAGCCACAUGUUGUUAUUGCUACACCAGGAAGAUUAGUAGAUCAUAUUAAUAGUAGCGAUAUUAAAUCAAGUCUAAGCAAGAUUCGAUUUUUAGUACUUGAUGAAGCUGAUCGUCUUUUAUCAGACACAUUCGCAAAUGACCUAAGUGUUAUAUUUGAAAAUAUUCCUUCAAAAAGGCAAACGUUGCUUUUUACGGCGACAAUGACAGAAAAUAUUCUGGCAUUAGGAAAUCUUGAAGAAGACCCGAACAAGAGGCCUUUCGUUUAUCAAAUUAAAUCAGACACAUCGACAGUAUCAACCCUGGCACAAUAUUACAUUUUCAUUCCAUCCCACAUCCGUGAGCCUUAUUUAGUCCAUCUUCUUCGUUCUGAAGAAUUUUUAAACCAAUCUACAAUAAUAUUUUGUGGACGUUGUAAAACUGCUGAAUUAUUACGUGUAAUGUUGGUAGAAUUGGACAUUCGAUGUACUAGCUUACAUUCAUCAAUGAGUCAGAAGGAAAGACUAAAUAGCUUGGGAAAAUUUAAGGCAGAAGUUAUAAAAAUUUUAAUAGCUACAGAUGUUGGAAGUCGAGGUCUCGAUAUUCCUACCGUACAAGUUGUCAUUAAUUUUGAUGUACCUAGGGAUCCGGCUGAUUAUAUUCACAGAGUUGGCCGAACAGCAAGAGCAGGUAGGGGUGGUGUAGCAUUGUCAAUCGUUACGGAACAUGAUGUAGAACUUGUUCACAAUAUAGAAGCUAGAACAAAUAAACAAAUGGAAGAGUGGAAAAUUAAUGAGAAUAAAGUAGUAGAAAGUUUAAACGAAAUUGCUACGGCAAAACGAGUGGCUGUGAUGCACCUUCAUGACACAGAUUUCGGUGGUGUCAAAGAAAUUCACAAAAAGAAACGUACAGUUUUAGAAAAUGAGUCUACUCAAUCACAUCACAUUAUCAAAAAUUCUCGCAAAAAAUCAAAGACAAAAUAA